GCGAUAGGUUUUGGCAAAAGAGUGGCAUCUCCGCCUUUUGUCUCGAAAUUUGUAUGACUUUUGGUUGAUUUUUGUAUUUCUUUGGUUUUGUUUUCAUAAAAAAGAUGGACAAGAAGGAAUCAGGCGUGGAGGCUUUUGCGCCAGAAACCAUACAGAAAAUGGACGAGGAUGCUGCCGCAGCGGCGGCCGUUGAUUCUGAUGCGUCGCCAAGCAAGAAGAUGUUGAUUUCCGCUACGGAGACUUCGGAAGAGAACAAAGAUGUUCUGGGGAUGCAUGAGGAUGAACUUAUUUCGCAGGAAACGCUGCGCGCCUCACCCAUCCAGUGGCCGGAGCGCUUCCCCGGAAUGGAGGAGUUUCUUACCAUGAGCGACACGCCCAUCUACACGCCCACCAUGGAUCGUAGCAACAAUCUUACUACCGAAGACAUAGCCCAUAUGAAUCAGCUGUCCCAACUGGAGCCAGAUCAGCUGGUGGAAAAAAUUAAAUCGUUACAGGAUGAGAUCUACCAGCUGGGGCUGCGGGAGGCCAAGGAAAUGACCCGUGGCAAGCUGCUUGGCAUCUUCGACCGUGACCAGCUGCCCAAGCGUCAGUCGUAGGAGGAUCUAGUCCCUGAAUGAUUAAGCCCUAGUUUUAAUGUAAAUAAACGUUAUGCGUUUCGUAGUGUGUAAUGGUA